GCUAUCGCUCUCUGUCUCUCUCAAGUCUCAAGCCCCAAGCGCUUUCGAAAUCGAGGCGGUACUGGACUUGACAUAAGUUCAGACGCAGGAGGCGAUGACGAUUACGACUGGAUAUCGGAGCUUCUGGAAGAUGGCUCAGCCGACGUCGUUUUGCGAAACCUCAGCCGACGUUGUUUUGCUAAACCCUAAGCAGAGGCCGAAGCUAGCGGCGGCGGAAGAUUUGGACGAUGAUUGGGAAGGUGAAUGUGAUUGAGAACAAUGCGGCUGGUGUGAGCAAUUUGGAACACAAUUAGGGCUAUGAUGAAAUUUCUUUAAAACUACGUACAAAAGUAACAAAGCUACUCUUCGCUCCUUCUCACUAUCUCAAACAUGGAAGGCAGUGACUUUUAUGAUUUUGAGAGUUUCAAGACCACAACUCCUCCAGGAUUCCUCUCUGUGUUGACUUCUCCAUGUGAGUAUUCCAAGGAACUUAUGAUGCGUGAUGAGUGGGAUGCCAAUCUUACAGUACCUGGGCGACAUAGGGAGAAUUACGGCUGUGAGGUUGUGUGCUUCACUGCAGAUGUUGGUCAAGGUACGAUUGAAUUAGAAGGUUUAGAAAAGAAGGCCAAGGCAAGUGGGGCUUCUCAAUUAGUCUUCAAGGAUUUGAAGGAGGAAUUUGCGAGAGACUACAUAUCUCCUUGCUUGAGAGCUGGCGCAGUCUAUGAAAGAAAGUAUUUGCUGGGGACCUCAAUGGCUUGUGCUGUUAUUGCAAAGGCCAUGGUUGAUGUUGCUAAAGAAGUUGGAGCUGACGCUGUUUCUCAUGGAUGCACCGGGAAGGGAAAUGAUCAAGUCCGCUUUGAGCUAACUUUUUUUCUCUAAAUUCUGAACUCAAUGUUGUGGCUCCCUGGAGGGAAUGGGAAAUCAGAGGGAGAGAAGAUGCUAUUGAGUAUGCCAGGAAACACAAUGUGCCAGUCCCUGUGACGCACAUGAAGCGUGAUUGCCCAGCUCCAAGUCACUUUCAACUCGAUCUCUUUCUUGCUGCACUUUAUGGGGCACACAAAGGUUUAAGCUUCUUCACUUUCUUCUUUGGUUUUCAGAUUAUAUGAGAGGGAAUCCUAGACAAACCUAUUGUAAAGUAAUCGAUAGAUAUGUUACAUGGGAUAUGGAAAUGAAAUCAAGAUGAACACAAAAAGACUAAUUGGACAUUUUAUGCACAAUAUGUAUGUAACCACUACAGGCCCAUCUAUCCAAUGCAUAAUUCGAAAUCAUUGUCCAAAAGUUUCCUUCUUUCUUCUCAUUUGUGAAACAAACAAGCAUGAAUUUCCAACUCAGAGGAAAACACAAAGCUUAUCACAGAAGUUUUGGACCCGAUCACCUAUAGAGUAUUAGUUGUAGUUGCAGGUGUCUGCUCUCUGAGGAAAGACAAAUGAAAUAAAGGCUUUUUUUCGUGGAAAAUAGAUUGUAAGAAGGGACUAACUCAUUUCUCAAAGUGCUCUCGUCCUUGCGUUAUGGGGCUUUUGAAUGUUGGUAGGUGGUCCUGGUUUGAACCAAGAAAAUCAUGGGAAAGUGGAGUACUUGACCGUUUGUGAAAGAAAAAUGUGCAGACUAUUCAUACCAUUGUGCUUCCCUAAGCUACCUCUCAAGCUGCAACAUGGCUAAUUUGUGAUCCUCUUAUAAGCUGCAACAUGGCUAAUUUGUGAUCCUCUUAUAAGCUAACCCUUCCGUUCCACAAUUCAAUGUUUUACUCGUCCGAUAGCAACAAUUCCUACCGAGGUAUUAUCUCACUUUCUCCUCGCAACAAAUAGGGUUCCAUUUACUUGUAUUGCCUUUCGGGAUAUACUGAAAUGGUUGAUCACUAUUCUUAGGGUGAAGGUAACUUAUACUGCUUGGCUAUUGUCACAGAGGGGACAUAAAUAUCAUAUGGAUUGCUCUACAAGAAGAAACAAUUGAGGAGAGUAGUCAGAGGUUGUUGAGAACUGGGUCAUGAAGUGGACUCGGAGACCACUCCAAGGUCGUUGCAUGAUGAGAGCGAGAGUGGGGAAGCGUAUAGAUCUGUUAAGAGGAGGUUGGUCAAGAAGGCCAGGAGAGUUGAUUCCUUCAAUGUUGAAGCCAUGGAAGUUACUGGUUCUCAUGGCCACCAUUCCAAGGUAAUGUUCAAAAAAACUCUGAUCGUACAUGUUUUUAUGGAUCUUUGUAAUGGCCUUCGGAAUUUGAAUUGAAAUUGGGGAUUUAUCUCAUUAUUUCUAUAUUGUUGGAGCUUGCACUAAUUAGGGAUUUGGGGCUUGCGCCAAUUGGGGAUUUUGCCCGUGUAUCAUAUAUAUGUUGUUUAGGUAUUGGAAUUUUCUAAUUGCCCUUAUUUCAUGAAAAUGCUUUGGACAUGAA